UACAAAUGUCAAGAUUGUCUUGGGGAGCCACUCUAUUGCACGGGCUGUUGCCGGAGUCAACAUUGUUGCAAUCCUUUCCACUGGAUCAGUCAAUGGAAUGGUCAAUUCUUUGAGCAAAGUUGUCUGGCUCAUGUUGGACUCAUCAUAUACCUUGGACAUGAUGGCAAGCAAUGUCUGGUAGUCACGGAUAGGUGGGAUUUGUUUGACGAAGAUGAACAAGAAGACUACUUUGAACCUGAAGAUCUACCAUCUGUGUCGGGACCCGAGUUCCAGCCCAAGGAAAAUACAAUGGUCAUCGUUGACAUGUCAGGAGUCCAUCGCCUCCAGGUUCGAUGUUGUGAUUUUCCCAAUACCAUGAGUCCAGACAUUCAAAUGUUUCGACAUGGCUUUUUCCCUGCAUCAUUUAACAAGCUGAAGACCAUGUUCACCUUCAGAGUGCUAGAUGAUUUUCUGUUGGACAACCUCGAAUGCGGCACCUCAGCGAUGAACUAUUACAGCAAGCUUCAGUGA